AUGGCAUUAGCUGAUCCCACAACUCAAGUGAUGCUGGGAUUAAUGGAGGGAGUUCUUCUGAACCCUCCAGAAUGUCGCACUUUUGAAAAAGUAAAGAUGAUUCUUCCUCUCCUAAGAACGAGAUCACCUUUGUUUUAUAACCUCAGAAAAGGUGAGUAAAUAAGUAUCUACCGAUGUUUUUCAAACAUAACUCUUUAAAUGAAAUAUAUUUUUUAAUAGAAGAAAUUGUAUCAAGGGCAGAACACCUGCUUUCAUGCAUAAUUCUGGAAAACGUUUGCGCGCGCGCAUGACCAAAAACUUCACCUGAUUUCAGUUUCUGUAAGCUGAAUAUCAUGCCUUUAUUGGUCUUAGGGUAAUCGUUUCGAAGUAAACAAUACUUAACAGUUUUUAUUGGGUAGAACUCAACUUAUUAAGGAUGGGGAAUUAAUCGCUAUUGAAACAUCAUUCAUCCAUCGUCAACUGAGACAUGAUAUCGUUUCCUAUAUUCAGCGCUUGUGGCAAAUAAAUACAGCAUUCCCUUACAUUCUCUGGCCGCCAAACUAAGCAACCAGUUCGAACGAACGAACUUAAAUAUACUCAAUUGACAACAACUCUUCACUCAACUCUGAUGAUGACUUCCGCGAAUUGAAGUUGACGAAACGCUGGUCACCACUACUGACAACAGUCCUUUAAGUACAACCCUCGCUUGGACGAUCAGACUACCAGAGAAAAUGUUACCCCCGGGUUCGAACCAUUCAUUGCAUUGUAUACUUUAUUCGAAGAAUGACAUAGGAAAAGAGUGAAUUUAAGAGUAAGAAUUUAGGAUCAAACUUUUGAAUUUGAAUUGAUCACUCUUAACUUAAUUAGCACUUUUACAUUCAUCGUUGUCAUCAUCAUCGUUAUCAUCGUAAUCACCAUGAUUAUAUCACGCGAGAGAAUAUCUUCUCUUGUAUCUCCAGUAUCAUUUUUAACAUCAAAAUUUAAGUCUGUUGUAGCGAAGUCAUGCAUAUUACCCCUUCCAUUUUGUUAAUCAGACCUUUUUUAAUCCAUAGAUCUCCUUGUGGACAUUGCCACAAAUUCUAGUUUGAAGAAAUUCAAAAGAGAUCAUGUUGUCAUCUGGCAAGGACAAGAAGGAAAUAAGUAAGAAAAAUUCAGUAAUAAUACAACAAUGAAUUAGUUAGUGUUGUGUUAGUGACAAAGCAGCCUGACAGUUCUUCCAGGCUCAGAAAGUCAUAACUGAACGUUCCUGUCUUUGAAACAAUCGUACCGCUUACAGAAAGUGACGCUCAAAACUUCCUUGAAGAGAAAGAAAACCAAAAUAGGAAAGAAGAGCCAGAAGUUACGUAAUCAGUGGCUUUCGUAAUGGCUUUUCUCGCUGCUGAGAACGAAAAUCGGCAGUUGGAAGAUUUGCCACUGGCCGAGUUUGGCCAGUUACCUUUAUAGAUUUCUUAUUUCGGUAAGGACAAAGUCAAUAACUGAGAAUUGUGUAAAUUGAAAAAUACGCCCAUUAUUUGAUUUUGUAAUGAUUCAACGCAUUUUUUAUCUUGAGUCUUAUCGUCUACGCACUUUGCAACUUCUUUUCGGGGCUUGUGAAUCCUAUUUUUUUCCAUUAAUUAUUCGGGGAUUAUCAAUUCAUUUAUUUUCAUUCAUUAAUGAAGUCGACUUUCUUGUCAGUAAAGGGCUAUUGUAUUUAUAUAAUGAACACAAUAAUACAUGGUUGCUUGAAGAUAUGGAAUUUCUAUUCAUGUGUCCAAUUCGUGAACUAUUGAAAACUUGAAGAGAAAUUCCAUGCCUAUGCACGCCCAUGUAUUAUACUCUAUUUAUAAAGCCUGAUAACACUUAUUUCUUUCCAUAAACCGACGGUGCGUAAGAAAGACUUUCUAAUGGUUUUGUCCCUAAUUCUCGAUGAUUGCCUGAUUCAUAACAGUUUUGGGGUCAUUAUCAAAGGAGCUGCGUCAGUGCAUGCCAGGGAGGACCACGGAGGAGCACCUCAACAGGACACUGUAUCAAUACCGCGUGGCCAAAGAGAACGUGUGGCAAUGGUAGGCCAUGAGCUUAGGCACAUUUCAGCGGGAGGUAGCUUCGGUGAAAGGGCCAUGUUAUGUGAACAUCCGCCAUACAACGUGACUGUUAUAGCUGACGAACUGAUACAUGUGCUACUGAUAGACAGAACGCUUUACGCGAGAUCAUUUGGUGCUCACAAGCUGGAGUGGGAAAAAAAGGUUGAGUUCGUCAAGCAGUCUCCCCUUCUCCGACAUUUGACGCCAGCUAUCCAGAACCUGUUAAUGGAGAACUUAAAACCGCGCGAGAUACAGUUUGGUAAUCGCUUCAUAAAGCAAGGAGGCGUUUGCAAUAGCCUUUUCUUCGUUUGUAGUGGAUGGGGAAAAGUUAUAGCAGAUCUGCGCAUCAGCAGGACCCAGUAUGAAGCAAUGAAAGCAACUUCGAGAAGCAAGGAGAAAUCCUCAGGUCGGAAGACCAUUAGCUGUGACAGGGAAUACAUACACACUAAGAAACUGGAUCCUAGUCGCCCUCUUUCGGUCAUCAACAGACGAAAGUACAUGCAGGAGUUUGGAUACGUUGCCGUAGAGACGCUUUUGAGACAGAGAGAAGUACCUGUGACAACUACAGGUCCAAACGACGUCAUCGGUGACAUUGAGGUUAUAAUGAAUUUCCCAACGUACUGUGCGAGCGUGGAGUGUAUUGAAACCUUGCACGUUUACGAGCUGAGCAAGUUCGAUUUUUAUCAAAUUGUUAACCACAGGAGUACUGAAACAGACGAUCUCUUACGAAAUGGUGCUCUCGCCAAGCUGUGUUUUCGAGCCCAGCGUCUAAAGAAUAUACCGUUGUACACCUUGCUAUACGAGCGAGCCUUAACUCCUGUCAAAGAACCAACAAGGAAAGCAUCUCUUUGGGCACAAAAGGCCAAUCAAAUUAGAACUAUAAAUAAAAUGGUCGGCAGCUUGAGCAAAAUUCAACCAACGCCUGCAGUGGACAAGACAAAUAGCAGCAAGGAAGCCGAGAAGAGGUAUAAGAACGGUGGAGAUUCAUUGGUAAAAACAACCAAUGAAAUUACGACACUGAUCACGUAUUGAGAUUUCAUGAUGGGAAUAAACCUGUUAAAAAAUUUUUCCAAAUGCGCUCAAUUUCGACUACAGGAAGUCGCCAUUUUUAAUUUAGCACAGGAUACUGUCUGAGCAGUUUCAAAUUGCGGAUUCCGAAAUCGAGUUUUGAGCUCAUUUGGAGACAAUCUUUGAACGGUCAGGAUUAAAUUUCGAUACGCAGUAUUGAAUUUAUAUAACAUGGUUUUCACAGCAUACUUCUCUUUAAGAGUGAGUCACCCCCUCCCUGUGAAAAAGAUUUUGAUCGUACGCUGCAACGCGCGGUUAAAAUAGUUUUGUUUUUAUUUAUCACUUUCGACCCCUUUUCAUACGGCAAUGUCUGCACACAUUUGAGUAACACGUUGUUUAUCUAGUGGAGACAAUACACAAAAAAAGAGCAACACGACAGAUUGAACAAAAUUAUGGGAAACAUAUAUUUUACCGAUCAAACUGCACAGAAAGUGGAAUUUCCAAUUAUAAGCGUUACAACACAUUACAACAAUCAUGUCGAUAUUUUUUUUUUUAAGUUUUCCAACAUUCGUUUCAUUAACUUAGAGGCACGAGUGGAAACAAAACUGAUGACAAACAGCUGGACAAGAAG